AUGACCAUCCUCAUUCAGCAACCUGAUCAUCACCUUGGGGAUGAAGUUGAGGCAAAGACUGCACCAAUAAAUGAGAGAGAACUGGUGUUGGAUGGUGGAUUUCCGAUACCACAGACCAAUUCAUUUGGGCACAUGUUUAGGGCUUAUCAUGAUGCUGAAAGUGAGAGGCAUGAAGGAGUGGAAAAUUUCUACAGAAAAAAUCACACUUACCAAACACUUGAUUUUGUGAAGAAAAUGAGAGAGGAGUAUGCAAAAUUGAACAAGGUAGAGAUGGGUAUAUGGGAAUGUUGUGAACUCCUGAAUGAAGUGGUGGAUGAGAGUGACCCUGACUUGGAUGAACCCCAGAUUGAGCACUUGCUUCAGACAGCAGAAGCUAUAAGAAGGGACUACCCUGAUGAAGAUUGGUUGCACUUAACAGGCCUUAUCCAUGAUCUUGGCAAGGUGCUGAAUUUACCUAGUUUUGGAGGACUUCCUCAAUGGGCUGUAGUAGGGGACACAUUCCCAGUAGGUUGCAGAUUUGAUGAAUCAGUUGUCCACCACAAGUAUUUUAAGGAUAAUCCAGACUACAACAAUCCAUUGUACAACACUAAAUAUGGGAUUUACUCAGAGAAAGGUGGACUCAACAAUGUCAUGAUGUCAUGGGGGCAUGAUGAUUACAUGUAUCUAGUGGCAAAGGGGAAUAAUACCACACUGCCUUCUGCUGCUUUGUUCAUUAUAAGAUACCAUUCAUUCUAUGCAUUGCACAGGGAAGGAGCCUAUAAGCACUUGAUGAAUGAUGAGGAUGUUGAGAAUCUAAAAUGGCUUCACAUUUUCAACAAAUAUGACCUUUACAGCAAGAGUAAAAUUCGAAUUGAUGUUGAAAGGGUCAAACCAUACUAUCUUUCACUGAUUGAAAAGUGUCGUAAUUUGUUUUCUGCAGUACUUCCCUGCAAAGCUGAAGUGGUGAAAAGUUCAUUGGAAUCAUGA